AUGGUCAUACAUGUGCCGCACAUAAUAAUUGAAUGCACUGGCCCAAAUUCGGUCAUACACCCUGGAACGACAAACAGAAAUGAACCUCUAGAUAGCAAUCACUUGUCAACCUUCACCAACGACCUUUUGAUGUGGUCUCCCAAUGCUUCCAUCAACAGUUCUACAGAAUUAAAUCCAUUUAAUGAUAGAGAGUUACCAUCAAGACCGCACGCAUCGCCAGCAGAUUCAACGAAAGAAACUGGCAUAUCAGAGCAUCCCAGUGACAUUCGGCUUUCAACCUCUGCCGAUUCUGGCUAUGACGAAAAUUAUCAACCGAGCGUGACAAGCUAUGAGAGAUAUAACAAUUCAGGUUCCCUGACAGGCCCAACAACGUACAGCCAUCCCAUACAGUCAGCGUAUGGGUACCCUCACAGACAUACAAAUCACAUUGUAUCUUGUAUAUUAUGCAGUCUAGAAUCCUAUAGGAAGUUCCAGGACAGGAUGGGCUGGCCCCACUAUCUUGAACAUCCAGAGUACGAGAAUUUUAACAUGCAAUUUGUUGACUCUACUUCAACAAACUACAGAAAGAUCUACCCUCAUUUGACUACCGAUGAUAAUUACAAAGCAGCAGAAGGACAUGUCGCCAAUCAAUCCUUUGUUACCAACCUAGGUCAGCAUCGCUAUUACCGAGUGGCAGAUAAAACGGCCAUAAAUGAAAAGCAACCCAAACAGCAUGGUACAAGGUUCAUGAGUCGCUUUGGACAUCAAUUGCAACGUCAGUUAAGGCGGUUGAUUGGUAAAUAA